AUCGGCCAGCUUCGGGUAGCCCUUAAAACGAGACUACACUUGUGUAAGCGAGUCUGACAAUUUCGGACUCACAAACCGACCACGGCUUAAAUUCGCAUUUACCCAAGGGAUCUUAAGAACUGAUAUGGUCAUCGUCUACUGUGCUAUUUUGUUUCGGAAAUUGUACAUUUGAAGGAGGAAACAGGAAACAUUGAGUCAUCUGGGUAUACUGGUUUCAAAACGCUCGCCGCCUCAGAUCCACUUAAAAACCACUUGUCUUCCGGUUGCUACGUGGUUGACUGCUUUCAUACUUCAUCCUGGCGCCCUUCAGCGUCUUGUUAACGUAGCAUGGCAGAAGAUCGUCGGAAUAAAGGACAACCACCAAGACACGAUCAGAGCGAGGAAUCUCAAUAUCUACCAGUUUCUGGUGAAGAAGACGACCGCGCAAGAGGCAUUCCUUAUCAUCCACGGCCCCAAAUGGCGACGGGUACAGUAAGAUUACCCUCUAUCCAAGAUCCCCACGGCUCCUAUAGCCCGUCGGGUGGUAGGGGUUGGGACCCCAGAGCUGGUGGCUACGGCCCUUCACCUGGCUCUACAAAUGGGUACCCUCCUCCUAGCAGCGCACACGCGCCUCCAGCUGCCGGCUACUCUCCCCCUAGUGGUGGUAACGCCUAUCCUCCUCCAGGCUCUAACCAUCCCUCAUAUCUUCCACCCGUCCACGCUGCGGCUCCGGACCCCAGAGCCAACUAUCCGCCAGACCCGAGAGCAUCUCCGUACUUCUCAAGCUACAGCGCUCCGAGCCCGUACGAAUUUACGUAUAGGGAUCGCGGGACCCCAGGAGCUUAUCAUCCUGAUUAUGCAAGAGGAGGUGCUGGAGGGGCUGCGGUGAUGCAGCAAUCUGCUCCCCGGCAGCGAACUUCUAUUGCUUGCAGAUAUUGUAGAAGAAGAAAGAUUCGUUGCAGUGGGUAUCAAAAUUCGCCCGGAGGGAAAUGUACCAACUGCAUUAAGAUGAACCAGGAAUGCGUUUUCCAGCCUGUUUCUUCAUCUUCAUCCACUGCAUUCGUUCCCGUUUCCGCUUUGCCCAACGGUAUACCGCCGGGAACACAGCUAUUUGGAGCAUACGGACAGCCACUAGCAGGCCCAUCAAACCUUGCUCCUGCUGGCGGCUAUCCGGCUUCGAAUCCGCAAUACGAUCAGCCGCUUCCAUCACCAACUGGUUCUUAUGGAUCUUUUUCGGAGGAGAGGGUUGAAUCAGGUAGACGGAGGCCAAGACCUGCAGAUGACGAGCACGGAGUGCGCCUACCACCUCCGAGCAAUUUUCCCGACGACAAUCCCCGAAGACGAUCUCCCUCGUCUAGCGGUAGUCCAAGCCAUCUACAACCGUUAUCGCAACUGCAAUCCCAGCCAGCUCCGUAUGCUGGGUAUGAUAAUAGGACACCACCGCCUAGGGGAAGCCCAUCCGGCCCUUCAGUGGGGGCAAGCACCGCGAGUUCUGUGAUGAGCCUCGAAAACAUUAUGGGCUCUGGCCCUUCGCCUAGCAAUGAUAUUGACCAAAAGAUGCUGGGACGUUUGAAUCGACGGACAUAGGAAAAGGUAUAAUGAUGAUCUGCAUAAGCCACUGGGUGGCGAGGGGAUUAUUAUACCCAUGAGAAACAUGGAAAGGACGUGCUAGGAAGGAACUGGGGAAAUAGAUGGCUGCUGGCGGCUUAUUCGAAUGGCUAAAUCGGCUACACUGGCGACGAGUUUUCGGUGUUAUAAUCGAUUUCCAAUUCACGAGUCGGCGGCAUUUUAAGCGGCAUUUGCAUUUAAGAAGGGGCGGCGGCGGCGGCGGCGGCGGCUACGAGUCGAAGGCGUAAAAUGCGGUCAUCUACGGACGAUUACGAAAAUAUGAGAACGGGCGGCCCGGAAGACUACCUAGAUCACUUCUAGUUUGGCAACAAACCCUAUUCAUAGCAUAUUGCUUAUUUGCUUUUUAUUUUCCUUCUGCAGAGAUUCUGCGUAUACUUAAUUAUUAAAAAAGACACCUACUCGAUGCAAAUCUGGGAGGGAACGAGAAGAAUGGUUCGCCUCACGGCACAAAUUCGAAACAUGGUGUUUAUUUUGGUUGUAUUACAUU